UUGUUGUUGUUCUCACGCUAAUGUGCGAGAUCCCUAGACCCAAUUCAACUGCGCGGUCACAUUCCGCCCCGACUUCCCCUCUGCCAGCGGCCUGGUGGUUUGAGAUGAGUAGAAGAUGUCGGUUUCGGGGCUGAAGGCCGAAUUGAAGUUUUUGGAGUCCAUCUUUGACCCGAACCACGAACGAUUCAGAAUAAUAGACUGGAAACCCGACGAACUCAGUUGCCAAUUUAACGUAACAGGAGAGAAGCUGCUGAUCAUUCACUGCAACAUCACGGAAUCUUAUCCCUCAACGCCCCCAAUAUGGUUUGUUGACUCCGAUGAUCCAAGUCUGGCGGAAGUGUUGGAGCGCUUAGAGGAUGUGAGAAAAGGCAGCACACUGCUCCUUCAGCAGUUGAAGCGCCUCAUCUGUGAUCUCUGUCGGCUUUACAACCUGCCGCAACAUCCAGAUGUAGAAAUGCUCGACCAGCCUCUUCCAGCUGGCCCGAUUACCCAAGAGCAGAAGGAUGGGCCGUCAGAUGAGGUCACAUCUGAAGAGGAAGAAGAGGAAGAAGAGGAUGAAAUGGGAGAGCAGGACAUCGACUUGGACCAAGACCUGGACCAUUACGACAUGAAAGAAGAGGAGCCAGUUGAUGGGAAAAAGUCCGAAGAUGACGGGAUAGAAAAAGAAAAUCUGGCCAUCUUGGAGAAGAUUCGUAAAAACCAGAGACAGGAUCACUUGAAUGGUGCCGUGUCUGGCUCUGUGCAAGCCUCAGACCGCCUCAUGAAGGAACUCAGGGAGAUCUACAGAUCACAGAGUUACAAGACAGGUAUUUAUUCCUGUGAACUGGUCAGUGACAGCCUUUAUGAAUGGCAUGUCAAGUUAAGGAUGGUCGACCCAGAUAGUCCGUUGCAUAGCGACUUGCAGGUCUUAAAAGAAAAAGAAGGAGUGGACUACAUUCUGCUCGAUUUCUCUUAUAAAGAUAAUUUCCCUUUUGACCCACCUUUUGUUCGGGUUGUCGCACCUGUUCUCUCUGGAGGCUAUGUUCUCGGAGGAGGGGCCUUGUGCAUGGAGCUUCUCACAAAACAGGGCUGGAGCAGUGCCUAUUCCAUAGAAUCUGUCAUCAUGCAGAUAAAUGCAACUUUGGUGAAAGGAAAAGCCAGGGUGCAGUUUGGAGCCAAUAAGAACCAGUACAAUCUUGCCAGAGCACAACAGUCGUACAAAUCCCUUGUGCAGAUUCACGAAAAGAAUGGCUGGUACACGCCACCUAAAGAGGACGGAUAAGGAGCCACCACUAUGCACUGGGAACACACGUCUUUGGGUCAAAGUAUCUUGUUUUCCUUGGAAUAUCUCGCCCCUCUGACUUAACUGGGAAUAUAUCACCUUCCUGGCGAAAAGCUUCUUGUCGGCUUGCAGCAAAGACUUUAUUCUGGUGUCACUUUGCUUCUCCCCUCCGUGUUCUAGUCAAGUGGAUGAUGUGAGGCCAUCACUGGUCCUCUAUUCUAAAUAUGCUCAUUUGUCUUUAAAAAAAAAACCAUUUCUCCCUUUUUAAGUUUUGGGGAAAUGCUUUUUGUUUAGCUGCUUUGACAAAGUGGGCUUUACUGACCGUCAGUUGCCCCGUAGAUGGGAGUUUUAACGGAAGAUUGAUGCUGAAGCUCUUUGUGUGGCACACCUCCCUGCACCUGUUUUUAUUGGCCACAUUAUCACCCUUUUUUUUUUCCUUUUGCAAACUAACUGGUACAUAAAUGCAAAUAUAGAAAUAUUAUUCAGCUAUUGUUUUUAUUUGAGCAUCCUAGACGGUAAAUUAAUUUCAUAUUUUGGAAGCUUCUCUUAAAAAUUGAGCUGACCUACUACUCUGUGUCUUUUCGCUCUUACUUUUUAAAAUAUGUGAAGAAUAUCGGGCCAUUGGGAUGUUGUUGAACUAAGAUUAAUUACUGUUGUAUGUGAACAAAUCCACCAGUAGUUGAUAAUAAAAACCGGGCCGAAAGACGUGAAAUAUCUCAGAAUCUCCAUGUUACAUAUCUUGGGAGGAGGAAACGUAUAUGUUCACUAGGUGAUAAUAAGAUGAACAAUACGGUCAUUUUAGAAGUUUUAACAGAUCUAAAGAGCUUUCUUUUGCCUCAUUUCUGUCACAGUACAACAGCCCCGCCAGCGUUCAGUUUGGUUGUUGGUCUUUUCAUUGAUUAAAGCUGCAGAGGUUGAAGCCGAGAUUGAUGCUGAAACUGAAGCCCUGUGUGUACAGCUGUGUGUCAGCAGCGUGUUGCGUCGCGGCCUCGUCUCGACUGUUUUAAAAGAUAUCGCAAUGAGAUUGGCUUCACAGAAGGAAUAAAUGAAACGUGUUUGGAUGUGUUUGGAUUUUCUUCCGUGAUAUUGCUCAGUUUAGCAGCAACUUUGUUCAUAUCUUCCUGCCGUGGAUUGCAGUGGUUUGCCCCUGACCAGUUUGGAUUGGAAGACCGCUUCCCCGUUGCAUGACGUCGCCACAGCUGGAUUCGUCUGAGCAGCGGUUUUCUCAGUCGACAGCUGAACAUCCACCAUUCGCAGGGCUUCCUUUGCCACAGCAAUGUACCAUAAAUAUGAGUCGCUGUCACUUUCGGUGUGUCACGAGGCGGGUCGUUCAGAGAAGAACUGAAACUCUUACGAUAUUGUACGUUUCAAUGCAAUAUAGCGUAGUACUUCAUCACUACUACUGCUCCCCGAACUGCAGGACGCGUACUGUAUCGCUCACUGUCGGCUCUUUUGCAGUAUUUGUUAACAGUCUGCAAAAGUAUGUCUGAAAGGCAACUCAAGUAACAAACAAUACUUAGGAGGGGAAUCAGUACAUGUUGAGUUAUGAAGAUUUCCUUGGAUUAAUCGACGCUGACGUUUAGGCUUAAACACACGGAUCUGAUGUCAAAAACACGAGCGUUACAAUAAUACGGGCCGCGUGUUUCUUUUCAUUCAGGCAAUGUAAGAGGACGGACUUUUGCCGAAGGAUGCCAUUUUAACAGGCUUGCAGUAGCAUGAGGACCACCCCCAUGCGGCGACUUGAUGAUUUCCCACUGUAGUAUUUAAUGCUUUGUUUUUCAUCCCAAGUAUUGAAGUAGAUUUGAUUUCAGCGUCUGAUCUUUAAAUAUUCCUGAUUUAAAAAAUUAACAUUUGCAAAACUGGCAACAAUGUGCCUGUAGAGGUCAAUUAUAACAACAAAUGCAUUCUGAGCUAAAUAUUUAACUAUCAGGAGAAGUGCUGGUGGUUUUCUCAGCUCCCAUCCAGUUGUUACGUGUCUGAUACAGCGGAGUUAUCCGGUCUCGGUAGAGGAGUCCUCUUCUAAAGGGCCGGUGUUGUCUUCAGAGGGACAUUCAGAGACGAUUCAGAGUGUGGUCGUCGUGACUUAUUGAACAGACUCGCACACUUAUCAAACUGCUCUGUGUUUGGAAAAGGUUCAUUUAGCUCACCUGUCAAUUCAUUUUCUGGCCCCUAACCAAUCACGAUCCAGUCUGGCACCGUUGGUUUUAUUUUAUUUUCUCAUUUUCCAUUUGAAGACAUUUUGACCAUGUACAGUAAUUUGUAAACUUGCAUCAAGUUUAUGAAUAAAGAAUUUAAAGAUUAUUGCUGUUUUACUUGUUUCCCUGUGUAUUCUUUUCACUGUUGCUUAAUGGAUUGCAGAUGUACUGGGCUGAUGUUGAUAUUUAAUGAAUAAAAUGAUUUACUGCUGA